AUGUUGACUUUUGGUGAAAUUAUGGGGAUGGUAUACCUGCGACUAACUGUAGUUGGAUGCCUAGGGACCUGUAUCCUCCUCUUCCUAAAUGCCAUUAAUUUCCUCAUUGUUCAGAGAACAAGACCUAAACAUCUCAUUUUCAUCCAUUUUGCCUUUUCCAAUGCCAUGGUGCUUCUCUUUAGGGAAAUACCUACUACAACAGAUCUUUGGAGGGUAAAAUGUCUCCUUCACGAAACUGGGAUAAGAAUCAUAACGUACCUGCAGAUACUAACCCAGGGCCUCUCCUUGGUUAGUAUCUGCCUGUUGAGUGUCUUCCAGGCCAUCACUAUUAGUCCCAGCAACUCCAUAUGGGUACAACUCAGAAUGAGAGCACCAAAGUACAUCAUCCCAUGCAUUGUCCUUUGCUGGAUCUUCAAUCUACUAUUAGAUGUAGUUAUACUUCUAUACUAUGAUGGUCAAAAGAACACCACAAACAGUAAGUAUGUGUGCAACACUGGGUAUAGAACUAUAGAUGUGUAUAAUGAGAAUCAUAUAAAAUUUGCAAUCAUAAUAUGUGUUCAUGAUGCUUUGUUUGUGUUUCUCAUGACCUGCUCUAGUGUCCAUAUGAUCUUAAUCCUAUAUAGACACAAGAGGAAUGUCAAUUAUAUUCAUAAUAAAAUCUCCUCCACAAAAAUAUCACCUGAAACCAGAGCGACCCAAGCUAUCCUGUUUCUAGUGGCCACCUUUGUUUUGCUUAAUGUAUUCAGUCCAAUUUUGAUUUCGCAUAUGCUCUAUUUUAAAUACGUGAGCACUUGGAUGUUGCAUACCUCAGUCGUUCUCUCUCUGUUGUAUCCAGCAGUCAGCCCCUUUAUUCUGAUCAGCAUUGGCAACCAGAUCCCCAGGACUUGUGUUUGUUGA